ACGAAAAUUGGAAAUCCUUGAUCAUCAGCUUUUAUCGAACUAUACUGCUGUAAUCAUCCACAACGAAUACAUAUAAUGAGGUAGAAAAUCAAUGAUGAUUGCGCAUGAAUUGAUCAAGCGCUUUCUUUAAAAAAAUUCAUGUGGUCCACUUGUAUCACUUGAGUAAUUUUUGUCUAUUUGGGUUACAUUUCCCUUUCGGCUAGGUGCUUUUUCCUCUUCCAGUACUGACUGGAUAUUAAAAUGAUUGCUGUUGUAGAAAGUAACAACAACAGCUCUGGUAGUCAUAGCUCAUCCCUCAAAAUAUCAUCAAAGUCCAAAGACUCUACCGCUUGCAACAACACUGCACGAUUUCCUUUCAUUUACGACAUGACAAGUACAGCCAACAGCCACGACUCAGACAGUUCAUCAGUUUAUACUGUGGUUCUUCAACCUAAAAAUCCAACAUUACAAACAAGGCAUUUAGAGUUAAGAGAGGAUGGCAAUAGAAUCAGAAUUGGAAGACAGAUCUCAGCAAGAACAAUACCUCAUAGACGUAAUGGCUAUUUUGACUCUAAAGUAUUAUCAAGACAGCAUGCUGAGUUAUAUUGUGCGGAUGGAAAGGUCUAUAUUAGAGACGUAAAAUCAAGUAAUGGUACAUUUGUGAAUGGAGAGAGGCUAUCAGAUGAAGGGAAGCCAAGUCUACCCAAACGAAUAUUUAAUGAAGACAUUAUUGAAUUCGGCAUCGAUAUUAUAAAUGAUGAAAAUGGAUCAGUGCUAUUCCAUAAAGUUGUUUGUAAAGUAUUCCUGUAUCCUGAACCCUUAUCACAAAUAGAGGAGCGACUUGCCAACUUUGAGGAAGAUGAUACAAAUGGCUCCUAUACAAGAUUUUCUUCGUCAUCAUCACCAGCUUCUUCAGUUUACAUAUCCUCAAAAAAUGACUCUAUGUCUUCACUUACAAAUUCGCUAGCUUCGGCUAGAACAUCUUCAAAACAUCAUAAAUCCACAACUUCAAAAAGCGAUAAAUUGCCAAUUGAUUCUGAACAAGACAGGCAGCGAUUAAAGGAACUGUUACAAAUUGAAACGCUCAUAAAGGACGAAUUGAAAAAGUCAAAGAAAGUGGAAACCGAACUUUUGAAUAUCAAGCAGACAGUCACUGAAGUGAAUAAGUUGAUAAAAGAUGAUAACAAUACUGAUGAAACUGAAAGAAAACUUGCCAUGGUAGAAAAACGGUUAACUUCAUACGAUAAAAAAUGGCAGUUACAGCAUGCAGCCAUCGAAGCAGCCAAAAAGGAAUUGCACAGUUGGGAUAACCGUUAUUAUCUACAAGGGAAGAAAAAUGUAGAAUUAUCACAAGCCUUAGAAGAUGAAAGGCAGAAAGUGGAGAGACUUGAACAAUUACUAAAGCACAAUACACAUCAAAAGAGCAAAGAAUCACUGCUCUUAGCCUCAAUAAUUGUUGGCAUCAUCUCAUUAUUACUUUUUGCAUUGUACAAUUAACCAUCUUAUUAUAUCUAAAUGCUAUCUCUGUUAAUAUCUCUUAUUACUUUUAGUACUAGUCGUUUUAUCCUUCUAUAGUUAACC